AUGACCCAGGUAAAGUACGACAAGCUCAAUUCUUCUAACAAUUCCAUCCGGAUCCUACAUCUCCUGCCUGGACGAUGGGCCGGUGAUCUUUGCUGCAAAGUGCAGACCGUCUCUCUCGACGACAAGCCAGCUUUUGAUGCACUAUCAUAUGUCUGGGGCAACGCCAACGACACUUCUCCAAUCGAAGUGGACGGGUCGUGUCUUUAUGCAACGAAGAACUUGAUAUGCGCUCUCCGGCGCUUGCGGUCCAGCAUUGACACAAAGGUUCUCUGGGUGGACGCAAUAUGUAUCAACCAAGCUGACACUCAGGAAAAGGCGGAGCAAGUUGCGUUGAUGGCAAAGAUUUACAGAGCUGCUGGCUCGGUACACAUAUUUUUAGGCGAGAGCGGCGUGCUUGACCUCAUUCCGCAGGACGAACAAGCUUCUUGGGCUGACCCUCCGAGAUUCACAUGGUGUCGGGACUACACGUAUCUACUCCAAACUGAGACAGCUCCAACUAGUACUGGUGUUGAUUCCCGAGGUGUCUUACAAGACAUGAGUGCUUUCAUGGCCUCAUCAACACCCGAACAGCCAGGUUAUGAUCCUGUUGAUACCACCGAACUACCCAUGUGGAUUGUGUGGGAGCCAAAGGAUGGCCUGAACGCUACCGAUCAGGAGAGAGUGAACGAUUUUCUUGCCCGGCAAGAAGAGGAGCAGGCAGCAGGCAAUGGCAACGCUGCUUCACUCAGCCCACUACAAGUGAUGCGUAACAAUCAAGCAGGCGCUUUCGCUAUCAUGAAGAUACUCUCAAAUGGAAGGUGCCUGAAAACUUGCCUUCGCACGUCCGUCGGCUCUACCGUUUGGAAGGGAGCCCUUGAGGUGGUGGACCAUAUUGUAAAACUUCCAUGGUGGACACGUGUGUGGGUUCUUCAAGAAGCUAUCUUGAAUCAAGGAAACGUUUUGGCCAUCUAUGGCGAAAUAGUCGCGCCGAUAGGUCUUAUUGAAGACUCGGGUGCUAUUCUAACUCGUCACUAUGAGCGUGGCACUUGUUGCAAACCGUUUUGGAACUCAAUGCCACUCGAUCAGCAACAGAUUUUACAGCGAUUUUCUGAAAAGAUGGGACUCCUAGAGUCAAUUCGAGAGAAUAUAAUUCGCCUCGAUCAGGCUGACAGGUUGCUCUUCCUCCUGGAAAGCACUCGCUUCAAAGAUGCCACCGAUCCUCGGGAUAAAAUCUACGGCCUUUUGGGCCUUCUUCACGACUCCCCAAAUCCGAUCGACCUCGCUCCAGACUACACCGUCUCAGUCACCCAACUCUACGUUUCGUUGGCUUCUCUUUUUAUUCAUCGCUACCAUCACUUGGGUAUCCUACUCAACGAUGAACCAAGGCCCGCAAACUCCUCCAUCCCAUCUUGGGUACCACGCUGGGGAAGAACCUACGGCACCUUGACGACGACACUGCUAGAUUAUCGCCUGUCACAAUUCAACGCAUGGCCACCAACCUACGGUCCCUUCCCAGCCCUUGCCACAGACCAUGCAACGGCCCUCAGUGUCUUGGCCAAGCCUGUCACUCGGGUCACCUCUACCACCAAGCCCAUGAUCAAGGGAGAAGUGGACUUUUGCGAACUUCUUUCAGCCAUUGAUUCUUUCUUUCAUCUUGAUUCGGAUCCCUUCGCCGAUUACUUGCCUGUGCCAACAACACCACUUUCAAUGGCUGUCGCCCGUACUAUGAUGGGUGAUCUUUUCAGUCAGCUCGAUUAUGCUUUCAAAGUCGGUCGUGUUACUUUUGACAGGGCAUAUGAUGGUGAUGCAAACAUGUUCCGGACUGCACAUACUGCCAUGAAAGCAGGUCCUGGUGGUUUGGUUCUUAUUGGACCCGACCAGACAGUGUUCUCUGACGAUGACAUGGCGCACAUCAUUCAUGUAGCCGAAGAAAACUUCUGGUAUGCAAACGAGGGUAGAGUGUUCUUUGAGGCUGAAGGUGGCUAUAUAGGAUCAGCCCCUCCGGGCACAGAAGCAGGCGAUGAGUUAUGCUUGGUAUUUGGGAGUCCAGUGCCGUUCGUCCUAAGGGAGGUUCCGGCUCCCGUGGAAGCGGUAAGAGAGGACGUAAUUUGGAGGCAGGUUGUCGGUCACGCGUACGUUCAUGGAAUCAUGGAUGGCGAAGCUGCACCGGGUCAUGAACGGGGCGGUUCAGAGACGAGCCCGUAUGUAGCUAAGGCGGGCACAGAUGGCAUUCGUUCGGUAUAUUUGAUAUGA